CAUCCGAGAAUGAGAGCCUGAGCACCAAUUGAUUUGAUUUACAAUGGCGUCUGGAGAUGUUCUUCAAAUAGCGAAAACUUGUUUCGAAGAAAAAUUUCAGGCUAGUCCUACGAUUGCUGUUUGUGCGCCUGGAAGAGUAAAUAUCAUCGGAGAACAUACAGACUACAACGAUGGCUUCGUUUUUCCAAUGGCUUUAGAUCUAGUUACAGUAAUAGUUGGAAGAAAGUCAGACAAUGAUGUUUGUCGGUUAGGUACCAGUGCAAAAGGUGCUGAUGAGCCUCUGAUGAUAAUGUUUCCUGCACCAACACCAGACAAGCCGUUGACCCCUGGCAAGCCAUCUUGGGCUAACUAUGUUAAGGGUGUCAUUGCUAAUUUUCCUGGCGAAAUCCCUGCUUUUGAUGCCAUGAUUGCAAGCUCAGUUCCUUUGGGAGGAGGGCUGUCGAGUUCUGCAUCUCUGGAAGUGGCCACAUACACUUUUCUUGAGCAAUUAACUGGUAAAGAGCAAAAAGAUUUAAAGGCAAAGGCUUUGGCAUGUCAAAAAGCUGAGCAUAACUUUGCAAACAUGCCAUGUGGGAUAAUGGAUCAGUUUAUCUCUGUUAUGGGAAAGAAAGGAAAUGCUCUUCUGCUUGAUUGUAGAUCUAUGGAAGCCAAACUUGUGCCUAUGACAAACCCUGAUUUAGUUGUCCUAGUAACUAAUUCCAAUGUGCGGCAUGAGCUAACAGGGAGUGAAUAUCCAACAAGAAGGAAACAAUGUGAAUCAGCAGCAGUGGCAUUAGGAAAACCAAGUCUUAGAGAAGCUUCUAUGGCUGAAUUGGAAGCCAACAAAGGGAAGCUUGAAGAGGUUGUGUUCCGCAGAGCGAGGCAAGUUAUUGGAGAAAUUCAAAGAACUACUGAAGCUGCGGCAGCCAUUGAAAAAGAAGACUAUGAGAAGUUUGGAAAACUGAUGGUGGAGAGUCACAACUCAUUACGAGAUGAUUAUGAAGUCAGUUGUGAAGAGCUUGACGUACUGGUUAAGCUUGCCAUGGAGGUAGAUGGUGUGUAUGGUUCCCGUAUGACAGGUGGUGGCUUUGGUGGGUGCACUGUUACUGUGGUGAAGAAGUCCUCAGUUGACAGUCUUAUAAAACACAUUCAGGAGGGUUAUGGAAACAAGGCUACAUGCGUAGUGACCAGUCCAGCUGAUGGAGCUAAAGCUCUAAGUCUUUGAUAUUUGAAUUUCUUGAUCUACUAUGUAUUACUUGUGCAUCACCUAGAUUUAAGUUAUGUUUUCAAGAAUUGAACUCUAGAAUUCGAAUUUCAAUAAAAAAACAUCCAAUAUCAAUAAAUUAUUCAAGGGUGUGGUCAACAUGGUUUAGGUGAUGGAUUGCACAUUUUUGCUGUUCUCAUGAGUAACAGAUCACAAAAAUAUUUAAUUCAUAGGUUUUCCAUUAAUAAUGUUAUAACACCUUGGAAGGUGCUAGUAUUUUAGUCAGAAAAAGUGUACUUUUUAUGAUGAAAACACCAAUAAAGCAAAGUAUUUUCUUUUUCA